AUGGCCUCAUAAACAUAAAACACAGAUGAUUAACAAUCUAACAAGUAUCUAAAUAAAGGUUUGCAACUUAAUUAUUAAAGCAAUCAGUAUCCUAUGCAUUAUCAUUUGAAUAUGAAAUCAGAAUCUCAAGCUUAGUAUAAUUUGAGACUAGAAACAAACAAUCAAAGCAGCAAUAUUUCUGAUAGGACAUUAGUUAAGAAUUAGGUAUUUGACUCUCAUCAUAGACUUAUUAAAAAAAACCAUCGCAGUUAUUUGAGUUCCCCUGAUAGUCAUCACCGAACAAAAUUGAGUCAUUACAAAGAAGAUACUGUGCUAAUGAGGAAUUCAUAAAAGAUUGGGGAGGAUGAUCUGUAAAAUGAUAGUUAAAUGCUUAGAGAUAUCGUUGAAUUAUAUACCAUGAAAAAAGAGUCAUCAAUAAGAUUGAAAUCGUUGAAUAUUGACAACUCACAUUUUACAGAUUAGAAGCAAAAAAUCAGAUCCUUUCAUGAAACUCUAUCAAUUUUAGAUAGUUAACUUAAUGAACAAAAUUACUAAGGACAGGAAAAUAACUUCAUGAGUUUAGUCUCAACCAAGAGUUUAAAAUCUCUAAAAAAUAACACCUUAAAUAUUUCACCUCUGAAAUCUAAUUAAUAAUAACUAACUAGUAAGAAUUUGUUAACCAUUUUAUCUGAGUUACAGACUAUUGGUAAAUGGAGGCCUAAUGAAAGUAGACAACAAUAUAUCGCAGAUUUGUCUAAACUUAUUUUGAAGAAACUUGUAGAAGUGCAAAGUUGUGAUUAGGAACAUCAGAGAAUAAUGAAAUGCGAGAAAGAUGCUCUAAUUUAUUUAAAGGAUUUAAAGAGAAGGAUAUUCCCAUAAAUUGAUUAGACCGAGAGUAAUCUAAGUUAAAAUGAAGAAGGAGAAGAGGGAUCUAGCUACUAUGGAGAAUCAGAUUCCUAGUCUAAUAAGUUAGAAAUGAAUCAAACUAUCGAUUAAAGAGUGUAGGAAAAUGAAUAAGAUUUAAUCAAGAUUAUAGAACCGAUUCCAGAGGAAUCUGAAAAACUUGAUGUUGUGGAUUAAAUUAAAAAAACUAAAAGUUCAAGUUCCAAGGGAUCUAAAUUAAAAAAUAAAAAUAAAAGAGGAGCAUUUUAUGGAAGAAAUAAAAAGUCACCUAAAAGAAAAGACACUAAGAAAACAACUUAAGGAAGUGAGAAAUUUAUUACGAUUGAGUUAGAGCAUUGA